AUGCGAGAAACUCCAGCGCUCUUCUUCGCAGCCUCGAGAUGUGCGCGUUUCCACACUUCUAGAAGAAAAUUAUCUUCGGAGCCUAUAGUUCGCAUCGCCAAUGGCACCUUCUAUCGCCGCCAUCCAGCAGCCAAGCCAGAGGGUCAUAAUACAUCUCCAAACCCACCGUUCUUCCCGGAUCUGAAUCUGGAGCUGCCUUCAUUUGCCACACCGAACCAGCAUUGGGCCAUCUUGAGUCCUUCGUCCACCAUUAGAACCGCCUUCCUGCAGAUAUUACGCGGCCAAUUACUCUGUUUCCCACCCACAGCACGAUCAUUUCCCUACCUACUAAGCUCCGAAAUUGCCACCAAGAAGCCCGAAUUACGCUAUCCGGAGCGCGCCAUUGAAUAUGUGGGCUUCGAUGUGGAACGCAAAUCGUUCGGCGGCGCGUAUUUGUCCGCUAGGUAUGAGAGUCGCGUGGAAGAGACGGAUUUCACGCUUGCGCAGUACUUGACGGGUAUUGUUGGGAUGAAUCCGGGCGAGGAAGUUAUCAAGGAGAAGACCCUGGAGAAAGAGGUUAUGCUGAAAGUGGUGAGGGAAUUAGAGUUGGAGAGGUUCUUUGAUAGGCCCGUGAGCACGUUGAGUAAUGGGCAGAGUCGGAGGGCGAGGAUCGGGAAGGCGUUGUUGGCGAGACCGGAGGUGUUGUGCUUGGAUGCACCUUUCAUCGGGCUUGAUCCAUUCGUUUCACAGCAUAUAUCGGAUGUCUUGCAUAAGUUGGCGGAAGCUAACUCACCCAGAAUCGUGCUUUCACUAAGGCCGCAGGAUGUAAUUCCUGAAUGGAUCACGCAUAUUGUGUACGCAGGCGAGGAUGCGAAGGUCCAAGCCUUAGGACCAAAAGAAGAAGUACUGCAGUACUUGCAACAACAGUGCAAAGAGAUCGAGCAGUCAAUUAUUAACCGCAGUGGUAAUGUUCAUGAACUAGAUCCAAGAUUAGUAGAACUUCGAGAGGUUGGAAAACAUCUCUCAGAAAAAGGCGAUUUCGAAGCAAGCACUGCAGAAGAGCAAGAUCCCUCAAGCGCACCAGUACUCAGUCGGGACGGGUUUGAAAAGGUCGACAAAUUAACGGCUACUAUCGGAGAACCCAUUGUCGAAAUGGAAGGCGUACGCAUCAAAUAUGGGCCCAACUCCGUUCUCGGUGAUUGGCAACAAGACGUGGACGGCAAGCAGCGAGACGGACUCUGGAUGAACAUUUAUCGCGGCCAACGUUGGGGUAUCUUCGGUGCCAAUGGAUCUGGGAAAACCACUUUGCUGAGUCUCGUCACUUCGGACCACCCACAGACAUACUCCGCACCGGUCAAACUUUUCCAACGUUCUCGUCUGCCAUCCCCCGGUGUACCCGGUAUUACCAUCUUCGACAUCCAAUCACAAAUGGGUCACUCUUCGCCCGAAGUGCAUGCCCUCUUCCCCAAAAACCUUUCUGUGAAGCGUGUACUCGAGUCCGCCUGGAGCGACACACCCAUCACGAAACCCAGGCUAGACGCCGAUGCUUCCAAGCGCGUAGACGCGUGUCUCCGCUGGUUUGAGGCAGAACUCGAUCCCAAGCACGUAGUUGGCCAGACUGCGAGUAAGAAUCUAGAAUGGUCCACCGACGUUUACUUCGGCGAACUCUCCUUCUCCGCCCAACGCAUUGCGCUCUUCCUCCGCGCCACCGUCCGUAACCCCGCCAUCGUCAUACUCGAUGAGGCCUUCUCUGGCAUGGACGACCUUGCGCGCGACAAGUGCCUGCUAUUCUUGUCGCACGGCCAAGGUAUGGAACUGCAUUACACUAAUGCUGGCCCGAGACCGGUAGAGAGUGAGGUCAAGAGGAAAGGAGAGGUAGUGGUUCCAGGGCUACAGGAGCAUCAAGCGCUAUUGUGUGUCAGCCAUUCGAGGCAAGAGGUGCCCGGAUGUGUUAGGGAAUGGGUAUGUUUGGCAGAGCAGGGGAUGGGGCAGCCGAGGUUUGGGAGAUGGGACGGUCCGCUUGAGUUGGUGGGAAGUAGGUGGGAUGAGAUUUGGCGGAGGUAG